CUGUGAUUGAGAGCGCACCAUGUUAAAACCAAAUAACCGCGAUUUAUGUUUUCAGCAACAUGUAGCGAACAGGACCCUCUACCACCUACCAGACUGGAACUCUGGCACCAUGGACAGCAACAGGCGUCUCCUGCAGGUGAUACGGGAAAUGCGAAGUGAAAUGAAGAAACUUGAAUGUGAAAACAAAGAGCUUCGUAGGGAGCGGUGUAAAUCGGGAACAAGCCCAGAAAUGGGGGAAGAUACAUCUGUGUCGACUGCCUUUCAUCAUCAUCCUGUUAAUUCCGAGGAGACUGCGUCCCAGGCGAUCCUAAGAAGAAAUCUCUCCGCCCCGGUACUGGAAAGGCAAUAUAAAGAAAACAUAAUGAUGACUGUAAGAAGAUAUUCCAUUUCAUCAAAUCCAUCAACCCGUCCAGUCCAGAACAAGAAGCUCCCUGUGGGCAAUGUCAUGGAUAAGAGAGACCUGGGAGAAAAAAACAGCCCUCUGGAAGAAAGCACAGAAGAAACCUUGUCCAUAGCCGAGAAUGUGAUUCAGGGCCAGGAUAGCACGGGACAACUAAAUAUCUGCUCAAAGGACACAUUCAAGAACAGAAGAUUAUUAAAACAAUAUGUUCAUAAAUGCAAGGCCAAAGUAAAAUCUGUGUCUUUCCUCCUACCGGUGGAUGACUCCUCAUAUUCCGAGCAUCAAGCCUCACAGAAUUACCUGCAGGAUCAGAAUUCAAACAAUUUAAGUGGCAGCAGGGAAAAGGACUUGUAGUUGUGGGAUCCCUUGUAUUAUAAUGCUGGGGACAUUUAGCAAUGGGGUCUGUUGUAUUAUAAUGCUUUUCCUCAUAGCAACAGUACAUUCUUCAAGAUCUACCUUCAGGUUGGAGCCCCUUGUGAUUAAUCUUGAAGUUUGUUUCUCAAAAACCCUUCACUCAAGAUAAUCUGGAGACACAGGAGUGUCUGGAGAGCACUGGAGUAUGCAGACUUUAUCAGCACUUUGAACUUACUGAUUGCUGGGGCUGCCAGCAUAUAUGAUGCAUGGCUCAAGGCUCUUAACUUUGCAGAUACCUGUUAUAAUUUGCUCAGUGUCAGGCAACAAAGAGUUGAUGAAACUGGUAAAUAUUUAUUUUUGCUGGAAAUGAAUAUCUCACUUUAUCCUGCUAUUUAUUUAGAAUAUGAUACAGCAAUGAUAGAUAGCUAGACAGAUAAACAGAUAGCACUUUAAUAGUGAAACAGUCAAACAUAGUAAAACAGAUUGUAUUUGUGUAACAAAUAACAAUAUACAACACUGAAUAUUAAUGAUUUUAUUCUUUA